GUUUGUAUUACUUGUCUUGUAUUUGAGUUGAGCAUUUCCAAACGCUAUGGCCAACCCAAUUUCUAUUCGUCCAUGGUCUCGUUUGGCCUCCUUGCGUUCUCCUCAGUCUGAGAUUUCACAACCUUCUCUCAAACCAACAAACACUACUUCUCAUGACAACAACCAAAGUGCCACUGCCACCAAAUCUCUACCAACUACACCACAUGAUGUUCACAGCCCAAUUCAGUCACCAAAGCUCAAACUCACUACCCGAAUGACCUUUUCACCUUCUAAAUUGAAGGAUAACCCUCAGAUUGAGGCAAAGAUAGAGGUAGAAGAAGUGACCAUUAAAAAGCCUAAUGACAAUGGCCAAAAUGAAAAACAGGUGACAAACAAAGAAAACGAAACCAAAGGGAAAUGUUUUCACACACCAAAAUUUUCGGGGUCUGAGGGCAUAAGGGCCAUAACAAUUUCAGGGGAAAACACAGGUGCAUACAUGCAAAUAACCAAAUCCAAAAAGAAACGCAUGUACGUGAACAGCAAUGUGCAGUGUGUGAACAACUCAAUGGUGUUCAACGCUAGUUUAACCCACCAUGAUCCAGGGGUGUACCUUGCUAUCCCAAAAAAGCCAUUUGGUGAAUGAUUUCAUCUCAAGGAACGUGUUGGUGGUAAGUGCAAUUGAUUCAAGGUGGCGUAAUUUUAAGUCAAUUCUUCGUUGUUUUAAGCUUAUUAAUGGUGUGGCUCUUAUGUACUACGUAAAAAUAUUAAAAUGAUAAAAAAAAAAAGGUCUUAAUUAGUUAUAGUGGCUAUCAAAGGGAUUCAUGGUGUUCUAACUCUUGUGCUCCACGUUUUGAGGAGCGGAACACAAUUAAUGGUCCAAAAACUGUAUAUGACUAUGUUUUUGUGUGACAGGAGUAGUAAGAGUCAAUUGGUAUAAUAUUAUGCGGGUGAUUGUUUAUGUAA